AGUUAAUGUAAUUGGGAAACCCCUGGCCUCUUUUCAGUAGGCUCUCACAUACAUCAUACAGGAUGUUCCAUUGAAGGGAUAAGAAUCACAUAAAUCACUGAGCUGUAUGUUUUAGUGUUUUAAAUAAAUAAGUAAUAGUAUAAAGUUGCUGAAUCAAGAUUUGCAUGAGUCAUAAGUCGUCUAAAAGAGCACUUGCCGUGGUACGUGAUUAAAUGUCGCCUACUUGGUUUUUUUUUUAUGCCACUACAGUAGCUACUACUUAUAUAAUCUCAUCUAUUAUAAAUAACGGAUGUUAGCCAUUAAUAACACGCGUCUUAGUGUAUCCUAUCCCAGACACUGGGCCUUUUAGAGCCGUAGCUGUGCUGUGUGAAGACUGCAGCCCUGGCCAGUCCACAGCUGGAUACAGCUGUGACAUCUGCCUUUGCGCCAGCCUGCCAGAUGCGCUGCGCUGCGCUCCGCCACUAGGAUUCCCAUCGGCCUAUCGCUGGCCUCCCGCAUGAUGACGUCAGCACCCGGAAGCAGCGAGCUGGCUGCUUUGUUUUGGUAGUAGGAGUUGGGGGAAACAGACAGGGGUCCGUCCGGUACGGAGAACCGCUCACUGCAUGGGCAGAGCCCGACCGGGGAAUGGGAGAUGACGGACCGUUAGCUGACACCUCUAAAAUGCCGAGUUUUAUAGGCAGUUUCGAGGAAGGGAGGCUGAAGCUGUCCCGCAACCUGCCGACAGAAACUUCCUUUGCUGACGGCAAAGUUGAGCGGUCGGUCGAGGGCCUGAGCUCGCGCGUCGGCCGAUCCGACUCGCGGUUGUCGCUCGACGGACGGGCGAGGAGGGAUCCGGACGGGCGGAGCGGCGACGAGGACCGGGAUGCGGAGGGCAACAACAACAACAACUGCAACGGUGCGGGGGGGAGGAGGAGGAGGGCGAGCGCGGUCGAGAUUUUGAGACGGAGCUUCGGGGUUUCAAAGCCCCCCUCCCCUCUUUUAAGCACGAGCGCUCGGGUGCAGUCGGACGACCACGAAAGCCCCGAAGGAACGGUGCCCAACGACGUUAACGGUCCAGGGAGCGAAUGUUACGACUGUGAAAAGUCGCACGGAGAAACGGACGAAGCCGAUGGUAAAAACGAACCAACCCUAAGCGAGUUGCCGACUUCGGAUGUAUUAAGAGUUGAAUAUUUAAGCGUUACCGGCCAGUGCCAUCACACGUGUGACAUUGACAGCUACGCCGCCACCUUGGAGGAGUCUCAUAGUGUCAAAGAACACGUCUACUGCACUGUUUACUGCAUUGCUAACGACAAUCAAAGGACCGGGGAACCCGCAAAUAGCUGCGAUGAAACGGUUACAAUUGACGCACCGGGAACGGACGCGGACACGGGAACGGACGCAGGUUCCAGUCCGGCGCUGUCGCUUUACACACUGGACGACUUGGUGGAUCCUUUCGAGGACAUGGCCCACCAUCUGUACACGGAGCAGGCCGGGACGGAGGGUGCGCUGGCGAGUUGCAGGGUGUGCCUGGAAGACAAAACCAUCGCACCCCUGCCCUGCUGCAGGAAGGCCGUGUGUGAUGAGUGUCUGAAACUGUACGUCAGCUCCCAGGUGCGAGUUGCCAAACCUUACAUCAGCUGUCCAAUCCCAGAGUGCAGCGGCUACCUGGAGGAGGGACUGGUGAUUUCCCAUUUGGCCACCGAGGAUGUGGCGAAAUAUCGAUACUUUCUGGAGCUGAGUCAGCUGGAUUCCAGCAUCAAGCCCUGCCCCCAGUGCAGCGAGUUCACCUCCCUGAAAAAACACAACCCCAACCGCUCGGAGCACAAGUACAAGAUCGAGUGUAGGAUUUGUCAGUUCAUGUGGUGCUUCAAAUGCCAUGCACCCUGGCACGAAGGCCUCAAAUGCCGAGACUAUAGGAAAGGAGACAAGCUGCUACGGAGCUGGGCAAGUGUCAUAGAGCACGGACAAAGAAAUGCCCAGAAAUGUCCUCAGUGCAAGAUCCACAUUCAGCGUACAGAGGGAUGCGACCAUAUGACCUGCAUGCAGUGCAACACCAACUUCUGCUACCGCUGCGGGGAGCGCUAUCGACACCUUCGGUUUUUUGGGGACCAUACGUCCAACCUCAGCGUGUUUGGCUGCAAGUAUCGCUAUCUACCUGACAAACCUCACCUGAGAAGGCUAAUUAGAGGCUCCGUUUGUGCCUCUAAGGUGCUGAUAGCACCUGUGGUCAUUCUUCUGGUCGUCGUGCUUGGAGCUCUUGCGUUGGUGAUAGGUUUGGUAGUUUUCCCAGUUUACUAUGUUUGUAAGAGGAGGAAGAAGCGCACUCAGGGUUCUGGACGGUGGAUCUAAAGUCUUCUCUGCACAUCUUGAAAGCCCACACAUCCUCAGGGACAAAGAAGGUGGCCUGAGUCAUUACAAGCGUAGAAUAUUAACACUGGCAGUUGGCGAAGUGGAAGGAAGUACAUGACUCUUUCUUUAAAAAGAACACUUCUGGCUUGAAUGAACAUCCAAGGACAGAAAUGCAGUCACAGUUAGUCACAUGUGGUGACAAAUGGAUUUUGCAGAUGAGACUGGAUAGGGUCCCAGUGUCACCAACUACUGAACUACUGGAGGAGCUGUAAAAUAUCAAGUGGGAUUUAUGUGUGAACAAUGUAGAAUAGAUGUUUAUGCAGCAGGCAACAUGGGGAGAAAUGCAACAGGGAAUCUGACUUCGGAACAAGCCAUGACAGAGAAAUUAGUUCUCGCUGAUGCAACAAAAGUUGGACAUUCGUGUUGUUUCCUGAGGUGAGACGCAGAAUGCUCAUCUAUUUGAAAUAUUCCAAUGGAUUUCGACUCUGGCAAACACAAUGGGAGGAUGAUGAGUUGGUAUUCUUGGCUAACCUGGAAAACACUGACCCUGCCUGACCUCAAGCUCUUUGCUAGCAAGCUUGAAAGUCCCCACCCAAAUCUCCCCCUUAGAAUAACUCAAGACGUCACUCAGUGCGACACCAAUGGACAUCCUGCAUCUUUUCUGUUGUGGUUUGUCAUCAACUCCUCCUCCUGCUGGUCUGCGUCUCCCUCCCUCCCUCCCUCUCUCUUCCUGCCUGGUGGGUUAGUAGAUCACACGCGCACACACCCUCCCUACCGGACUGCUCCGCUUUGCUGUGCCCACAUAUUGUAUGCAUCUGCGUCAUCAAAAACCAGAUAAAGCUGUGGCGUGGCGGCUGUGCCAAAACAAAACACUGAACGAGGCAAAACGGGACAGUCGCUGCUUUCCCUUUGUUGUUGUUGUUGUUCUUUUUAGGAGUUUGCCUGAUAGCAUCAGUCAGCGAGAUCAAGCUCAGCCAUAUGUAUAAGGCCAAUUGGAAACCAGUUAGAAAUGCUAAUCCACACUCAUAGACGUAAGCUGGCUUCGAGUGGACUGUGUCAAUUCAUACCUGUAGCAUAUAAUGUGUUUAAGGGUGUAGAGUGGGUAGGUUUGCCAAAGCUGAACAGGAUUAGAGUUUUAUCUACAUGCUUGCCAGUUAUCAGUUUGCUGUGCAGUGAUCAUAUGAGGUAAAAAAGGGGUUUUAUUUCAGGUCUUUGCAGUGAAAAGAGGAGAUUUGAAUUUUUGAGGGACUGCGUAGCGAUGCAAACGCUUAGGUCAUUCACGCAGGAAUGCACACACGGAGCGCUGCCAGUAAUCAGGCGAUCGCCAAGAGCUUUAAAGGUUGUCACCUGGCUGCAGCCAUCUUGCUUGUUGUGCUGCACUUAUCCCACUGUGCCUCGCUUCACUCCUGCCAUUUCCUUUUAGUGCUGCUUGGUUUUCUCUUGUUCUCUUAUUUUUUUUCCUGUACAUUCUGUCCCCUGAAGUGUAACUGCCUACAUCCCUUUGACCUCAGCUACAUCACUCAGAGACACUUACAGCACAAAAGACCUAUGCCCAGCGGGAGCUGCUGUCCAACAUCAAAAGAAGCUGUUGAGCGACAAAAAAAAGGCUUUUGGUUUUUUUUAGCUUUUUUUUUUGCCAUGCUUCGCAGAUUUCAAUUAAAAGUUCAAGAAGACAAGAAGAAGCACAAAUAUCUGCACUGUAACUGAUGCUAAAGUGAAAAUAGAGGCUGAUUGGGGUGAAACUUCAGUGUGCCUUUUUUUUUAAAUCAGUGCAUUUUAAAACUUCAAUUAAUUUAACCCAUUUCAUCAAUGAACCUUCAGUAAAGGCAGGAAGAGCAGGGUUCAUGGGUUCUGGAACGUUUUGCAGUGCUGUUACAGUCUGAAACGUGUUCCACAUCUGGGAGGUAAUUAAACCCAACUGCUGUGUACAUACGAGGGUAGAGUAUAUACUGUUACACACUGAUUCAAACAGGCCUCAGAGGUCCUGACUCUGGGUUUGAAUGUACUCCCAGACAGCCUGCUUCUCUUAACUGUACUCAUUUACAUGAGCUGUGCCACAAAGAUAACACUGCACAUUCAAAAAUGCUUCCUGAUACUUUUGCCCAGAGCUGCUUAACAGCCAUAUUUAUUUCCAGUAGGGAUAAAAAAAUGGAUGUGUCAAAACUGGUAGUGAGUCAGCACUGUGAGGUGUCCACCAAAAAAACUUAAACAUUAAAAUGAUCCUUAUCAUUGUACACUGGAAAUGCUGAUUGGGUAGUGCAUCACUGACAUGUUUAAAUAUUGACUGUGACAUGACUUUUGACAGACACAGGUAGAAACGGAUCAGGUCUGUCUUAAUUUUCUGCAGGCUAAUUUUAGUCUGAUUAUUUUGCACAUUUUGCCCAUGUGAAAAAAAAUGCAAAUAUAUUUUGGUCUAUUUGUUUAACUACAGGACAAAUGUAAAUGAAUGUUCUGGUCCAACGUGUUUGAGUCUUCUACACUUUUAUACAGGCACUAUUCUUUUAUUGCUGUAUUUGUUCUUGUCAGUCUUGAACACUUCAAACUAAAUAACGACUUGGGUCAAGCUUUAUAUGCUCUUUAUUAUUAGGCAGGGAUUCAAUUUUGUUGCUGGGGUGUAUUAGCUGGCUGAUACUCCUGGAAUAUUAUUUUUUUGUCACUUCCCCUAUUACUAUUCGCAUAAAUAUGCAAUAGUGCCUUCACAACCACUAUCGAUCAGGUCCCAGCAUUGCAAAUACAGUAAAAAUCUGUCACAGCCUCUCAGUAGUAUGUGUUAGUACAUUUUAACAGCUGAAGAAAUACACACACACACACACACACACACACACACACACACACACACACACACACACACACACACACACACACACACACACACACACACACACAUGUAUCAGGAUCUUUGGCUUCUCAUGUAAAAAGUGUAUUUAUCUACUGUUGAAUAUUAUUAUUGUUAUUCUAACGCUGAACAAUCAGGCCUUCAGGUAAAGAUGUUUCUCUUCUAAACUUUUCUCUUUUUUAUUAACAGACGACUAAAGCAAACCUCUUCAGUUGUACAGGUACCACAACGCAGGGUGUCAGCUACAUCCCAAAUACUGUUGUACUUUUGCACAUGAUGAACUGUCACUUUAUGUCGGCUCACGGCAGCCUCGCUCUAUGAAAACAGUAGCACCACGAGCCCUGCUUCCACAGUUCACCACAGGUUAAAUGUUCUUACAGGGUCAAUAUGUACUUAGUUGAUUUGCAAGUGCAGAGCUGUGGACAUUGACUGUGGGUUCUUAUCAGUAACAUCAGGUGGGCUUGCCCCGUUUACAAACAGGCAAAACGUAUUUACUGUACAUGUUGAUUACUGUUCUCACCAGUAUCACCUUCUUCCACAUGCUGCCACUAUAGCAACGUCUGCUGAUAUUGUUAUUGCUCAUUUAGACAGGCACAAACACUGUUUUAUAUGAGGAUAUGAUGGAAAAUAAAGAAACACAGCCAAAUGCCAA